CUUCCAAUAAGUAUAAUGACGUCUUUCAAAUUUCUUCUGAUAACUCUCCUUGCGUUUAUGUUCAUCUGCAGCACUUCUGUGGAAGCAAGACCCAGACACCAUCAUCCCAAACCAAGGCAACCCCCCCGUAAGCCAGCACAUCGAUGUAAUUUUAAGUGUCUCCGUCGU